AUGCUCCGAAGGCAGACACCGUCAUUGCAUAAGUUGAAGAAACAAUACAGGAUUUUAAUGAGUGAUUUUGGAGAUUCCCACGACUCUGGAGAGCCGAGAAACUUAAAGAAACGUCUUUCGAUAUCCAACUCACCCACUAGGGUUUUGAACGAGUCCAGCGAGCCCAAUGCAACCGUGGAGCUCAAAAAAAAGAAGAAACCGUGCAUGGGCGAAUUACGGGACAGUGCUGGGUUCAAAAUUAAAGUUCAGGAAUCCAAUCAUUUACGCAAUAAACAGGUGGAUCCCGAGUACGAGGUCAAAAUAGAAGGCCCAUUGCGCAAAAUCGUGCCAUAUUAUUUCACAUAUAAGACGUUCUGCAAGAUGCGGUGGCGCGAUAGGCCUCUCAUUGAUAUUUUCGUGAGCGAAUUCCGUGACCGUGAAGAAUCCUACUACAGAAAGACCAUUGCCAAGGGAUCUGUCAUGCUAAAUGACAAACCGGCAAAUUUGGAAUCGAUUGUUCGCAACGGAGAUUUGAUAAUGCACAAUAUUCACCGUCACGAACCGCCAGUAACGUCCCGGCCGGUGAAAAUCGUUUUCGAAGACAAGGACAUCUUUGUGAUCGAUAAGCCUAGCGGUAUUCCUGUGCAUCCAACAGGCCGAUACCGCUUCAAUACAAUUACUAAAAUUUUGCAACGUCAAAUGGGUAUUGCAGUACACCCAUGCAAUAGACUAGACCGGCUCACUAGCGGACUCAUGUUUUUGGCUAAGACUCCCGCCGGAGCAGACCGCAUGGCGACACAGUUGAAGGCUCGAGAGGUUAAAAAAGAAUACAUCGCUCGUGUUGUUGGAGAGUUUCCAGUUGAAAGUCUGACCGUUUCAAAAGCCCUCCGUUGUGUCGAACCCCGGCUUGCACUCAAUGCCGUGUGCAACCCAGACGAGGAAGGUGCUAAGGAGGCCGAAACUGUAUUCACGCGAGUUAGCUACGAUGGCCAUACCAGUUUGGUCAAGUGUCAACCUCAUACCGGGAGGACGCACCAAAUUCGUGUUCAUUUGCAAUACUUGGGCCACCCUAUCGCUAAUGAUCCUCUUUAUUCCAAUCCGCAGGUUUGGGGGCCCACCUUGGGGAAAGGACAUAUUGACGAUUACUCCAGUGUCAUAAAAGCGCUCUCCAAAAUUGGCAAAACUGAGUGUGCGGAAAGUUGGUACCAUCCGGAUUCUCAAGGUGAGCUUCUUUUGGACGAAAAAUGUCCCGAGUGUGAAACCGACUUGUACACGGACCCAGGUCCCAACGAUCUGGACCUUUGGUUACAUGCUUACUGCUACGAAUCUACCGAGUUUGAUAGCCAGGGUCUUAGAUUGUGGUCCUACAAGACCGAGUUCCCUGACUGGGCCUUGCAGCCACAUCGUCAAUAUAUGGAACUAGCAAUACAGGAGGCGCAGAAAUGCGGCCCCACAACGACGGCUUUCAGCGUUGGCGCUGUUUUGGUAAAUGGAAGUCAGGUUUUGGCCGUGGGGCAUUCGAGGGAGCUUCCGGGCAACACACACGCAGAACAAUGUGCGCUGGACAAGUACUUUGACGCCACAGGACAAUCCAAGGUUCCUCUCGGAAGCGCACUUUACACAACCAUGGAACCAUGUUCGCUGCGUCUGAGUGGCCAGUUGCCUUGUGUGGACCGUAUCUUGGCUCAGGAUAAAAACAUCCGGACUGUUUUUGUCGGUGUUAUGGAGCCUGAUACCUUUGUGCAGAACAAUACCAGUCGGACUAAGCUUUCUCAAUGUGAAAUCGACUAUGUCCUGAUACCAGGCUAUGAAAGUGCCUGCACGACGGCCGCUUUCAAAGGUCACGACGUCAAGAAUGAAUAG